AUGACUAAUGCUCUACGUGGAGCUCGCCUUCCACUGCCUAGCGCAUCAUUCUCUGAAGAUGGGAAGCCAAAACCGCAACCUACUAUUAUGGAAACAAUUCUCACACAAGCGGCCUCCGCUUUGAACCAAUCAAUAAAGGAAAAGGACGAUAAAGAGAAGCAGUUUCGCAUGACAAAGGAUAAGGAGGACUCAUUGAAGCUACUGGAAAGUCUGCCAGAAGAAGAACGGAAACUGCUGCAUACUGCCAUCACAUCAGGAGAUCUGGAUGUCGAAUCAUUGGGGCCAGCAUUGAAGUAA